AGGAUCGAACUGGCAAGGUGAAAAAAGGCAACAGAACUACUUGAGAGUAGAGAAUGAGACAAGACGGGAGUCGUUGGAGUGAGAAGUAACAAUAUAGCGUGAGCGAGCUAGAAAACAUGUUAUGUAUUAUUAUUUGAACGGCGUCGAAUGGGAGAAACCUGCGUGCGGGCCUCACGGCACCGCCCCGCGCCCGCGCGCGCUCCCCGCCACUGCGCCGCCCGCGCCGAUCAUAUGUUCGGCGAGCGGGGCACACACCGGCCGCUCAUUGCGACUCGGGCACUCGCCAUCGUCGCAACGCACCGCGCUCAGCCAGCAACGCAGCUUCCGCUCGAUCAGCUGUUCAGUAGUCCGCGCGACCAGAGCCGAGCGCGAGCGUCCGAUAAACCGCUGUGCGGUGAGCGCUGCAGCGGGCGAUAUGGAGCUGUUGUGCGCGGAGCGUGUCAGCCUCAGCAGCAGCGGCAGCGGCGAGGGCGCGCGCGCGGCGCCGGCUCCGUGCGCCGCCGGCCCCGACCCGGUGCUGCUGCGACGCCGCGUGCUCGACAACCUGCUGCGCACCGAGGAGCGCUACGCCGUCACCGCUAACUACUUCUCCACCGUGCAGACGGAGGUGGCUCCUCACAUGCGCCGCGUCGUCGCCGAGUGGAUGCUAGAGAUAUGUGAAGACCAAGGGUGCCAGGAGGAAGUGUUUCCACUAGCGAUAUCGUACUUGGAUCGGUUCCUAAGUACGUGCAACGUUAGCAAGAGUCAGGUGCAGCUCCUGGCGACUGCAUGCCUGCUGCUCGCCUCCAAGCUGCGGGAGCCCGGCUCGCGCGCGCUCCCCGCCGACUUGCUCGUCUUCUACACCGCCAACAGCAUUACGCUCAACGACUUAUGCAGCUGGGAGCUGUUGGUCCUGUCCAAGCUUAAAUGGGACGUGGCCGGAGUGACGGCGCACGACUUCCUGCCGCUGCUGUUGUCCCGACUGCCACUCAGGGGCCACGUCAAUACAGAGAUGGUGCACAGGCAUGCACAAACAUUCAUCGCUUUGGCUGCCAGAGAUUACGAAUUCAUGUUUUACUCUGCGAGCACUUUGGCGUCGUGCAGUAUAGCUGCCGCUUUGCGAGGACUGGGGCUUGACGGCCACUUGCCAAAAUUACAAGAACUUACGCGCACUGAUUUGGAGUGUCUCCAUACAUGUCUCGAGCAGAUAGAAGCGAUGGUACAAGCCAUGAUAGAAGACCGCCCCACGUCGGCCCCAAACGGACAAGCCAGGGAAGCGGCGGGGUGGACGCCCCCUCCGAGCCAGGACAAGGGGCACAGUAACGCCGCCACCCCUACCGACGUGAGGGAUGUUCACUUCUGAACUCCACAAAAUCUCGAUAGCCGGCUCGACCAUUGCUUCAUCGCGGUGCAUCAGUACGCAAAUACUAUAAACUACUAACAUCGAUGGAUGCAGCCGUCAACAUGGACUGAUAGCAAGACUGACAAUUCGCAUGUCUCUAAUAGUUAAAGAUACGUUACACCUAAUUGUGAAUACGAUCAUAGGUAAGCCUGCGUGCUACUUGUAAUUUACCUCUAGUCUGUACGUCGUAUGUAAUUACUGUUGCGUUAAUCGGGUUCACUUUAGACGAAUUCUUCAGUUGUUGACGCGGUUUUGAAAUUACAAUCUACCUCUUAAUGAUUUACGACUUCAUUUUCAUCGGACGAAUGCCAGAAGACAUCAAUAAUCAAUAUUUAUACAAUAGUAUAGCUGUUACGAGUAAUUUAUUACCAGACAUUAUAUUUGUUCGUACGGGACCAAAGUUAACUUCGAGUUUUCAUAUUUUUAUCAUGAACUGAUUCACCUUUUCAGAUUUUAUAUAAUUAUUUAGUAUAAAUGUGGAUAUAGUUGUUCAAUAAAUGUUACAGUAAGCUAUAGUUACAAAUUAUCCUGAUUAUGAUUAUUUUUUAAUACUUAUUCUCUCCUACGUUCAACUUGAACAGAGUAAUAAUAAUAAUUAUCAAAACUGCUACAGAAUUCAUAUAGCAGAAUAUAAAAGCUCAUCAAUGCAAAACAGAACGGGCAUCGGGGAAACCUAAUAUAACAAUUUAUAUUAUAUUGGGGGAAGGCAAUAAAUUACGCUUGUAUUUUGUAAAAACUAAUGUUACGUUCAUAUUUUUUGCUAAUAUUUAUAUCGCUAAAUACAAAAUUACUUAUGUAUAAAAUACCAUUUCCUACAACAACAAAAAUAUGGAACUUACAAUUAAAACGCACACAUAUAAAUAUCUACUUAUGUACCAAUAGAAUAGGCGUGGAUUGUAUGUUGUUGAAAUGUUGUCUAUGUAAGCAAAUUAACUAUAUUACGUUUGUUCCUUUUUGACAAAAGUAUCAAUACUUUUAGUUUGUAUUAUAAUGUGAUAAGUUAAAAAAUAUAACUUCGCGUCGUAGUCACACCGAGUCAUAAUACUUUAUCGUGAAACUACCUUACCGGACUUCCAAUUACUAACUAUCAAAAAUAAUAAGAAAGGAAUGUGAUCUGUGUAGGUUAACUUUAGUUGUAAUAUCGCUACGUCGUUCCUAUAUUUGCAACCGUUAGGAAAUACACAACACAAUGCAAUAGGAUAGUUCCACUACUUUGUACUUAAAGUUUCUACAAUUAUUAGUUGAAAUAUGGAAAUGUUCAUUACUUUAAAAUUGUGAUAUAUUUACUAUUUUCAUAUAAGUGAACCUUUAUUUAAAUUUAAGUACGGGUGGCAUAGACAGACAAUAAUAAAUAUAUUGUCCUGAUAAGAUUGUAAGUACGUUGUAAUAGUUAUAAUUAAUUUAGUUUAACUCUAGCCUGAAGUCGAUCUGUGUGCUCAGUAGGAUUAAAGAAAAUUAAAAACGAAAUCACUUCAAUGUCUUCCAUAAAUAUAUCACUGAGGUGUCAGGAACAGUAAGGUCAUGCACAUUCCUGAUAACCGGAGAGUCCCAUUCGGAAUUAUAUAUUUUACGAUCUGCAAAGUGUAUAGUAUAGAUGUUUUAGAUUUUAAUGUAAAUAUAUCAUGUAUGCUGUAAGCAUAUGGUGCCAUAAGUAACACUACUAUAAAGUAUUGUAUAAAGGGAAUAUAGAAUAAUAAUAUUAAAUAUAUGAUCCGUGUAUGUAGGAACUGAGAACAUGAGGAAACAAAUAACGGUACUGUUGAUAAAUCAAAGAGUAUAUAAUUAGCUUUAUAAUUAUUUUGGUUGUGGAAUAAACGCCCGAUACAUUAGCAUGAGUUCUGGACUUGACUUGAAUAAAAUUAAAGCGUCUGUAAUUUAAGUUUGUAUAUAAAUUUAUGUGGGAAAAUAUACGCAUUACAAAGUUAGUGUUAUUGAAUGCUUAUAUAAUAUGGCUUUUGGGCUAGCUUCGUUCGGAUUAGUUAGUAUAGUAUAUCGAUAGUUUAUAAAUCUGAGAAAUAUAUUUUCUGUGAUGUUUAUCCUUCAUUAGAACUCGCCACGUGGCGAUGUGAUGUGCUGUUAGUCGUGCGUGGUGCGUGAGAGCAGCGAGCGUACAACGCGUGGCAUUAGUGUCUGAUAUAGAAAAUAACAAAUAAAUAUCUAACUAUAGUUCGAUCCAAUGUUGUAGAAUACUACGAUUUUAUACGUGAUUAUUAAAUAUAAGAUUUCCUUUUCUGGAUUGUAUGAUCGUUAAGAUGUUGAGAUGUAAAUAUAUAAAAAAGAAUAAUAAAAGAUAUCAAAAAUA